AUGUUGAAAUCUAAAGAAGUAAAUGCUGAUCUCAGUCACUACAAAGAACUUCAUCCCUCAAUGACAUUCAAGGACUUGAAUGAAGCAAGAAAAAUUGUGAAUUUAUAUUCUCUUGCAAAUUCCAAGCCUAUAGUAGUGGAAAAAAGUGACAGAACUAGACUAAGGUAUAAAUGCAUGAUUGGUUGUCCAUUUGUCUUGCUUAUUUCACAAGAUGGUAAAGGUCCAGGUUUUAAGAAUAAUCCUCAGUACAAGCUAAAGGAUAUGAGAAAAGACUUGAAGGAUCAGUUCAACUUGAAUGCUAGUACCUCUAAGUUGAAAAGAGCCAAGAGGAUGGCCCUUCAAAAAUUGCUGGGAAGUUUCUUAGAUGAUUUCAACAGAAUUGAAGCUUAUGCAAAUGAGCUUAGGCUAAGCAAUCCUGGUAGUGAUAUUGUGAUUAAUUUAUCAAAGGAUGCAUUGGAACAAGGUAAAAGAAAGUUCCUUAGGAUGUACAUCUUCUUUAAUGCUCUGAAGUUGGGAUGGAAAGAAGGUUUGAGACCCUUUAUUAGACUAGAUGGGACCUUCUUGAAGGGUCAAUGCAAGAGACAACUUUUGGUGGCUAUGACACAAGAUUCUCAGAAUUGCUUCUAUCCAUUGGCAUGGGCUGUAGUUGAUAAGGAGACAACUAGGACAUGGAUAUGGUUUCUACAACUGCUGAACAAUUCAUUAAAUUUGAAAGAUGGUCAAACUAUCACCUUUAUGUCUGAUAUGCAGAAGGGACUGAUAAAUGCAGUCAAAAAUGUCCUUCAUUUGUCUCACCAUAGGUACUGUGUUGGGCAUAUUGAGGCCAACUAG